GCAGAUGGCAACUGCCGCUUCCGCCUCCCCCGCCGCGCGGUGCGCAAAAGCCCCGACCCGAGCCCGAGCCCCACAUUCCCGAGGCCUACCCCACCGCGCCAGCCUCCACCUCGGCAGCGCGAGCGCCACCAGCACCACCGCCAACGGCAGCAGCCUCCACGUGCCCCCCCCCCCCCGCCCCCCACGAUCGCACCGCUCGCCCUGCCCAAGGUGGCCGGCGCUGGGGGCGCCCACAAGAGCGUCCUGCUUUUCUACUGCGAGGAGAUGAGGGAGCUCGCCCAGCAGGUGGUCUCCAGGAACGACGACAUCGAGCUGCGCUCCGUCUGCUGGAGGACAUUUGCUGAUGGGUUCCCAAAUUUAUUCAUCUCGAAUGCUCAAAGCAUUUGCAGGCAACAUGUUGCUCUUUUAGCAUCAUUUAGCUUGCCCAGUGUCAUAUUUGAGCAACUAUCAAUCAUAUAUGUUCUUCCAAAAUUGUUUAUUUCUUCAUUUACUCUUAUACUCCCAUUUUCCCCAACUGGGACUUCCGAGCGUAUGGAAGAUGAAGGAGAUGUUGCCACUGCCUUCACACUUGCUAGAAUUUUGUCAAAUAUACAAAUAUCACAAGGUGGACCUUCAAGUUUAGUGAUUUUUUACAUCCACGCUUUGCAGACAGUUACCUUGCAAAGUACUCAAGGGGAUGCACAAAUUUCAUCCCAAGAUGAGCUGGAGACAUACCUGUCAGUGACGCGGCCAAUGGAGGAUGAUAAGGCUAAAGCAAUAGCCAGAGUAAUGAGAACGUUGAAUGUGGACAAAUUGACAGUUGAAUUAUUCUGCGCUACACUCACUUUGUGUGAAUGGAAUGUUAACGCAGCUGCAGAGGAUUUUGAUAUUUGCAGGGGCAAUCCACAAAUUCCGGAACUGUCUCUAAAGCAGAAACUUGUUUCGCAGUUUAACUUUGUAAAGGAACAACUACGACACUUCUUCCUUCCAGAUGUCAAUUCUUCUGCGCCAAUACAUGCAAGAAGGAAGAACGAUCUUAAGGGGCCUAAUUUGUCUAAUCAACCACUACAUUGUAACUCGACACCAGUGAAGCACAAGCUAGUUGACGAACAUGAAUCAUGUGAUUUGUCACAUCAACAGAAGAGGAGACUAGGGAAGUUGCAGCGAGGCUCACUACAGACUCAAACACCAAGAAGGUCACCUAGAUUGGCACACCUGAAGAAUACUUGCAACAGCACAAAUAACAUACCGAAAGAAAGAUCUGACGCUCCAGAACCAUCACCAGCUCUGGCAAAUCAGGUGAAGGAUAGAGCAGACAAAUCAUGUUUACUUCAUGAGAAACAAGAUAAUGUCUUGAAAGGAGUUCGUGGGGGAAAUAAUAGGUUCCUUAUCUCAGGACUCCAGGAAACUUGAACCAACAUGCAGUGAGGUGGGCUUAAGUGAAGAGCAUGGAUGUAAUCAGGGAGAAAUCGGAAAAAAAUUGGAUCAAAACAAUGCUGGAGAAAACAGUUGAGAUCAAACGGAAAGAAAUGCUUUGGAUACUUCUGAGUCAUUCAUGAGUACAGGUUGCAUAGAUACAGAGUCAUUGCUAACCUACUCUGAAUUGACAUCAUAUUCAAGAAUAACUGAGUUAUCUUUUACAUGGAAGCCCUCACAACAUGACAACUCCCUUGAGAAAAUUUUACUUGACAUUGACAGGGACAACUUUAUAAACACCAUCACACGUGUACAAAAAAUUAUCCUUGAUGAUAUUUCAGAUGUACAGACUGCAGAUGUAAUUGAAGCCAUUGUGCGGAUAGGGAUUCGUAGAUGGGGUUCAUGCCUUCAGGAUAGCAGUGCCCAAAGGAUAGUGGAUGCAUUGCUGGAGCAUGCUAAAAAUGUCAAGGAGCAACAAAAUUUUAAUAUUGAGGUUAGGAAGGAAGGAUUUUCUGCAAAGCUACAGGAUCACUCAAAGUGGCAGCUUAAAGAACUGGAAACUGAAUACACUCCCUUGGAGUUAGAUUACAAGAAAGCAACUGCUGAUGCUUGCAUUUGCUUCUCAACAUUGGAAGAACACAAGAAAAAGAUGGAUGCCAUUCAGAAUGAUAUCAAGGACUUGCAGGAAGCAUUGAUGAUGGAGGAUGAACUGCAAAACUGAGGCAUCAACUCUUGGAGCACGAGAUUCUGUAUCAAAAGUCUAUAAUGGAAAAGGUAAGGGUAAAUAUGGCUCUGAAGAGCUAUCAACAGACUCUUGAUGAAGUAAAAAGACGGCUAGCCUCAACUGAACCUGGAUCAAUUGAUGUUGAGGCAUUGGUCAAGGUAGAGAUGGAUAACAUGAGUAAGGAGUUUGAGCUCUCCAAGGGAAGUCUCCUAAAUAUCAACUUCAAGAAAGAGUAAAGAAGGUGUUGCGGCUGCUGGCAGAUAUUUAUUUUCUGGCUAUGUCCUAGUUCAUGGUAAAUCCUUUCAUGGCAAGUUCUUUUGUAUUCUCUUAAUGGCCAUAAUAUGUUAUCAGGAAAGAGAUAACUGUGACUAUUCAUGCACCAUAAUGCUUGUUUUUUCAUGAUAAACUUUCUUCAUAAUUUCUCUUAAAGCUUGGUUAUAUU